AUGAAGCUCAACACCAUUAUCCUGGGCCUCUGUGCCACGCUGGCAUAUGCCUCCCCAAUGAUCCAGGAGCAUGAACCAACCGAUGUCACGGGCCAAGAGCAGCCCGCCGGCACGCACCCGGGUCCGUACCCGCCGUGGCCGUAUCGGCCCUGGCCGCCGCGUCCCUGGCCUCGUCCGUUCCCGCCCAAGAUUCUUGAGUCGCCGGUGAGCCCACGCCAGGAUGAAGGCGACGGCGGGGAUGAUGGUGGUAAUGAUGAUGGGAACCCCUUCGACCCGUUCCAGGAUGACGACGAGGAGGACGGGUACUGGGAUGGUUAUUUUGAGUGA